ACCUGUUGCGGCCUGCGGGAGCGCUUGCUGCCUGUCCUCUUUCGAUUCCGUUCCUUUCCCUUCCCUUCCGUGGGCGCUGCGAUGAGAUGCUGGCGCUACUGAUGCUGCUGCGGCGGCGAGGAGCUCACCCCAACGCCGACGAGCAGAACCACCACCACCGGAUCUAAAGCCCCCUUGCCUCCUCGUCUCCCCCUCUCCACGCGUAGGGCGUCGAGCGCAUCGGGGCGGCGAGCCUGCGACGCCGGCGGCGGCAAGCCCCCGCUGGGGCAGUGAGCUCGCCCGCGGCAAGCCUGCGUUGGGGCCGCGAGCGCGUCGUAGGCAGCGGGCUCGCGCCGCAGAGAACCCGCUUCGGGGGAGGGGAAGCGCGUCAGCUGCCCUGCUUCCCGCCUGCGGGAAGACAAACCCCCUCAGUUCUUCCACUCCGGUGCUUCAGAACAAGAGUAAGAAGACCAUGGCGAUGCGGGGCGUCGAUUUCAAGUGGUACGACGGGUUCUUCCUCUCCAUGCUCGCCACUAGCGUAAUCAUCGUCUCCAUAAAUUGGAAGAGGUAUCGCCUAUGUGCCCAUCCACUCCAUAUUUGGAUAGUGGUGGACUACACCACUGUCUUCAUCUUCCGUCUGCUGAUGUUUCUCGAUAAUGGUCUUGCUGCAGGGAUGGGAUUAGACCUCGGAUGGCAACAGAGAUAUGCUCGCUUUUGUGGAAGAAUAGUUGUCCUCUCAGUUCUUGUACUACUUCUCUACCCCUUUCUUUGGGUUUGGACUGUGAUAGGAACAUUGUGGUUUAGCACUGCAAGAAGCUGCUUGCCUGAGGAAGGACAAAAAUGGGGCUUCCUGAUAUGGCUGCUGUUCAGUUACUGUGGGCUCGCCUGUAUUGCUUGUGUUGCUGUUGGAAAGUGGAUAAACCGAAGGCAUGCACUUCAACAAAGGGCACAGCAGGGAAUUCCCGUCUCUGAAUAUGGGGUUUUGGUUGAUAUGAUCCGCGUGCCUGACUGGGCAUUUGAGGCCGUUGGCCUGGAAAUGAGAGUGGGCCAAGAUACAGCAUACCAUCCGGGUCUUUAUUUAACUGCAGCUCAGAGAGAAGCAGUUGAGGCACUGAUUCAAGAACUUCCAAAAUUCAGGCUGAAAGCUGUUCCAACGGACUGCAGUGAAUGUCCUAUUUGCCUUGAAGAAUUUCAUGUUGGCAAUGAGGUCCGUGGACUCCCAUGUGCACACAAUUUCCAUGUGGAGUGCAUCGACCAAUGGCUCCGGCUGAACGUCAAGUGCCCGCGGUGCCGGUGCUCUGUCUUCCCCAACCUGGAUCUAAGUGCGCUGAACAAUCUCCGGUCGACCAGCGAGCCAGACCAUCCAUCUGCCAGUGCCAGCGAUGUAACAACAGCAACUUCAGCGACUAGAUAUGUGAGGUCACAGCCGGUGGGGCAAAGCUACUUGGUGCGGUUGCAGGGUCUGCUGCUCCGCCCAGUCCGGCAUGAAAGCCUGGAGAGUGGGGGUGAGCCAGCGGUGGCCAACAGCAGGUCGGUUGGCCCUGAGGAGCUGCCCAGCAUAGUUGUAGAUGACGGCCAUCAGCUGCCAGAUCGCUGACUGGUUUGAUGGCCUAAACUAUAAUGAGUAGGGGGGAAAAUAGGAAGGGAAUCAAAUUAUGCAGCGGUUUUCUUUUUGCUGUGUUUUUUGCGAGUAAAUAAUAUUGUUAUGUUAUGGUUUCGACCUAUUUGUCGUUUGCGCACCAGUUAGCCAGGAUCAUCCAUGUAUGUUGCGUGCAUGUAAUUGUGUAUUAGUAAUGAUCAUGUGAUUAAUUUUGUGCUGA